AUGUACAAUGGUUGCUCCACCCGCGUCCGUACAUCUGACGGACCAACGGAGGAGAUUGAGAUCCAGGCGGGGGUCAAGCAGGGCUGUCCACUGUCGCCCAUCGUCUUUAACCUCGCGCUCGAGCCGGUACUUCGCGCCGCAACCUCGCUCAGAAAUGAGUGUGGUAUUCCGCUUAGCGGCGUCAGUGUGAGCGCACUGGCGUAUGCGGACGAUAUCGUGCUUCUGGCGCGGGAUUCGGAGGCGAUGCAGACGCUCCUCAAUGUUGUGGGUGAGGCGGCGACUUGGGCCGGACUUACCUUCAAGCCUUCGAAGUGUGCCACGCUUCACAUCCGCCGUCGGCAGACACUAGGCUCGGUAUUCGCCCUGCAAGGGGGAGAACCAGCCGUGCUCGGUGCGGGUGACGCCUACCUCCAUCUUGGCGUUCCCACCGGGUACAAAGUCUCGCAGACGCCAACGGAUGCGAUCGCGGCAAUUCGACGCGACUUGCAGCACCUGGACGCUUCCCUGCUGGCUCCCUGGCAGAAGAUUGACGCUGUGCGUGUCUUCCUCCUCCCUAGGCUUGACUUUGUCAUGCGGGGCGGAGCGGUACGCAAGGGGCCGCUAUCUGCACUCGACAAGGCAGUGAAAGCGGCUGUCAAAUCAUGGCUGUUCCUUCCACAGCGUGCGUCCACUGAACAGCUCUACCUCGCCCUGGGAGAGGGAGGAUGCGGCCUGACGCCGCUCGCGGACGCUGCGGACAUCUCGACGAUCGUCCACGGCUUCCGCAUGCUGCACUGCGACGACGCCACCGUCCGCGACAUCGCCUGGGCCACUCUAUCUACGGUGGAGGUCGGCGGCCGGCCCGCCAUCGCUGACGACGCGGAACACGGCGGCAUCGGAGCAGUGACGCAGCCGGCCACGGAGGGGACGGCGCCUGGGACUACACGACACCUCGAAGAUGGCGGCGAUGGACCGCAGCACGAUGAUGGCAGCGUGGGACGCACCGCCAACACUGGCGUCGAGCAUGACCGGGUGGGAGGGGGCGCCAAACGUCUUCUCUCGCGGGCGCUCCGCGAGUGUCUGAGGCAGCGCCUGCGCCACAUCCUACUCAGGAAACCGGACCAGGGGAAGGUGUUCGAGUGCACCAGGGAGUCCACAGUGUCCAACCACUUCACGGCGGGAGGAAAAUACACGCGCUUCGCAGACUGGCGCUUUAUACAUCGCGCCAGGCUCGGAGUCGUGCCUCUCAACGGCUGCCGCCGUUUUGAUGGGCGGGCAAACAACAACAAAGCCUGCCGACGCUGUGGCCACAACAACGAGACGCUCCCGCACGUGAUUAACGCGUGCAUGGUGCACUCAGCAGCCCUGCAGUAUCGCCACAACGCGGUCCUCAACCGCCUCGCGACAGCAGUCGCUGGGCGGCCAAGGAGAGGAAACACUGCUGUUCCUGACAUCAGGAUCAACCAAGCCGUCAUAGGGGACAGCAGUGGGCUGCGUCCGGACCUCGUAAUAACUGACGAGGCCGCGAAGACUGUGACCAUCGUCGAUGUGACGAUCCCCUUCGAGAACAGGCGGAUUGCGCUCGACAACGCUCGGCAACUGAAGAGGAUAAAGUACGGCGACGUUGCGCGCGGAUUAGCCGCUCGCGGCUAUUCCGUCACUGUCGACGCCCUGGUUGUCGGCAGUCUGGGGGCGUGGGACCACCGGAACGAUGCAGUGCUUCGGCACCUAGGCAUCGCUAGCCGCUACUGCCAACUGAUGCGGCGGCUGAUGGUGUCUGACACCAUCAAGUGGUCCCGCGACAUUUACGUGGAACACAUUACUGGCCACCGCCAGUAUGUGUCCCCCUAG